UCAGCCAAAAAAAGGGGGUACUUAUGUAUGGCAGAACGGGCCAACCUGGUCUUUCAUAAUAAAGAGAUAGACGGAACUGCUAUGAAACGGCUUAUUAGCAGAUUAAUAGAUCAUUUCGGAAUGGGAUAUACAUCCCAUAUACUGGAUCAAAUAAAGACUCUGGGCUUCCAUCAAGCCACUACUACAUCGAUUUCUUUAGGAAUCGAGGAUCUUUUAACAAUACCCUCUAAAGGAUGGUUAGUCCAAGACGCGGAACAACAGAGUUUUCUUUUGGAGAAACACUAUUAUUAUGGAGCUAUACACGCGGUAGAAAAAUUACGCCAAUCCGUUGAGAUAUGGUAUGCUACAAGUGAAUAUUUGAAACAAGAAAUGAAUUCGAAUUUUCGAAUAACGGAUCCUUCUAAUCCAGUCUAUCUAAUGUCUUUUUCAGGAGCCAGAGGAAAUGCAUCUCAGGUACACCAAUUAGUAGGUAUGAGAGGGUUAAUGGCGGAUCCUCAAGGACAAAUGAUUGAUUUACCUAUUCAAAGCAAUUUACGCGAGGGACUUUCUUUGACAGAAUAUAUAAUUUCCUGCUACGGAGCCCGAAAAGGGGUUGUAGAUACUGCUGUACGAACAGCGGAUGCUGGCUAUCUUACACGUAGACUUGUUGAAGUAGUUCAACAUAUUAUUGUGCGUAGAAGAGAUUGUGGUACUAUCCAAGGUAUUUCUGUGAGUCCUCAAAAUGGGAUGACGGAAAAACUUUUUGUCCAAACACUAAUUGGUCGUGUAUUAGCAGACGAUAUAUAUAUUGGUUCACGAUGCAUUGCUUCUCGAAAUCAAGAUAUUGGAAUUGGAUUAGUCAAUCGAUUCAUAACUGCCUUUCGAGCACAACCGUUUCGAGCACAACCAAUAUAUAUUAGAACCCCCUUUACUUGCCGGAGCACAUCUUGGAUCUGUCAAUUAUGUUAUGGGCGGAGUCCCACUCAUGGGGAUCUGGUCGAAUUGGGGGAAGCUGUAGGUAUUAUUGCGGGUCAAUCAAUUGGGGAGCCGGGGACUCAAUUAACAUUAAGAACUUUUCAUACUGGUGGAGUAUUCACAGGGGGUACUGCCGACCUUAUACGAUCCCCCUCGAAUGGAAAAAUCCAAUUCAAUGAGGAUUUGGUUCACCCCACACGUACCCGUCAUGGGCAGCCUGCUUUUCUAUGCUAUAUAGACUUGCAUGUAACUAUUCAGAGUCAGGAUAUUCUACAUAGUGUGAAUAUUCCGUUAAAAAGCUUGAUUCUAGUGCAAAAUGAUCAAUAUGUAGAAUCUGAACAAGUAAUUGCGGAGAUUCGUGCCGGAACGUCCACUUUGCAUUUUAAAGAAAAGGUACAAAAGCAUAUUUAUUCCGAAUCAGACGGGGAAAUGCACUGGAGUACUGAUGUUUACCAUGCGCCCGAAUAUCAAUAUGGUAAUCUUCGUCGAUUACCAAAAACAAGCCAUUUAUGGAUAUUGUCAGUAAGUAUGUGCAGAUCCAGUAUAGCAUCUUUUUCGCUGCACAAGGAUCAAGAUCAAAUGAAUACUUAUUCUUUUUCUGUUGAUGGAAGAUAUAUCUUUGACUUCUCAAUGGCUAAUGAUCAAGUAAGCCAUAGACUGUUGGAUACUUUUGGUAAAAAAGAUAGAGAAAUUCUUGAUUAUUUAACGCCAGAUCGAAUCGUGUUCAACGGUCAUUGGAAUUGUUUCUAUCCUUCCAUUCUUCAAGAUAAUUCAGAUUUGUUGGCGAAAAAGCGAAGAAAUAGGCUCGUCGUUCCAUUACAAUAUCAUCAAGAACAAGAAAAAGAGCGAAUAUCCUGUUUGGGUAUUUCAAUGGAAAUACCCUUUAUGGGUGUUUUACGUAGAAAUACUAUUUUUGCUUAUUUUGACGAUCCACGAUACAGAAAAGAUAAAAGGGGUUCAGGAAUUGUUAAAUUUAGAUAUAGGACCCUGGAGGAAGAAUAUCGGACCCAAGAGGAAGAGUAUAGGACUCGAGAGGAAGAAUAUCGGACUCGAGAGGAAGACUCAGAAGACGAAUAUGAGAGCCCAGAGAACAAAUAUAGGACCCGAGAGGGAGAGGGCGAAUAUAAAAUCCUAGAAGACGAAUAUAGGACUCUAGAGGACGAAUAUGAAACCCUAGAAGAUGAAUAUGGGAUCCUAGAGGACGAAUAUAGGACUCUAGAGAAAGACUCAGAGGAAGAAUAUGGGAGCCUAGAGAACAAAUAUAGGACUCGAGAGGGAGAGGGCGAAUAUGAAAUCCUAGAGGAAGAAUCAGAAGAAGAAUAUGGGAGCUCUGAAGAUGGCUCAGAGAAGGAAUAUGGGACUUUAGAAGAAGACUCAGAAGAAGACUCAGAGGAAGACUCAGAAGACGAAUAUGGGAGCCCGGAGGAAGAUUCUAUCUUAAAAAAAGAGGGUUUUAUUGAGCAUCGAGGAACAAAAGAAUUUAGUCUAAAAUACCAAAAAGAAGUAGAUCGGUUUUUUUUCAUUCUUCAAGAACUGCAUAUCUUGCCGAGAUCCUCAUCCCUAAAGGUACUUGACAAUAGUAUUAUUGGAGUCGAUACACAACUCACAAAAAAUACAAGAAGUCGACUAGGUGGAUUGGUCCGAGUGAAGAGAAAAAAAAGCCAUACAGAACUCAAAAUCUUUUCCGGAGAUAUUCAUUUUCCUGAAGAGGCGGAUAAGAUAUUAGGUGGCAGUUUGAUACCACCAGAAAGAGAAAAAAAAGAUUCUAAGGAAUCAAAAAAAAGGAAAAAUUGGGUUUAUGUUCAACGGAAAAAAUUUCUCAAAAGCAAGGAAAAGUAUUUUGUUUCGGUUCGACCUGCAGUCGCAUAUGAAAUGGACGAAGGGAUAAAUUUAGCAACACUUUUCCCGCAGGAUCUCCUGCAAGAAGAGGAUAAUCUCCAACUUCGACUUGUCAAUUUUAUUUCUCAUGAAAAUAGCAAGUUAACUCAAAGAAUUUAUCACACGAAUAGUCAAUUCGUUCGAACUUGCUUAGUAGUGAAUUGGGAACAAGAAGAAAAAGAGGGAGCUCGUGCUUCUCUUGUUGAGGUAAAAACAAAUGAUCUAAUUCGCGAUUUCCUAAGAAUUGAGUUAGUCAAGUCUACUAUUUUGUAUACACGAAGAAGGUAUGAUAGGACAAGUGUAGGAUUGAUUCCCAAUAAUAGGUUAGAUCGCAACAAUACCAAUUCCUUUUAUUCCAAGGCGAAGAUUCAAUCACUUAGCCAACAUCAAGAAGUUAUUGGCACCUUGUUGAAUCGAAAUAAAGAAUAUCCAUCUUUGAUGAUUUUGUUGGCAUCCAACUGUUCUCGAAUUGGUUUAUUCAAGAAUUCUAAAUAUCCCAAUGCGGUAAAAGAAUCGAAUCCUAGAAUUCCUAUUCGAGAUAUUUUUGGGCUCUUAGGCGUUAUUGUACCUAGUAUAUCGAAUUUUUCUUCAUCUUACUAUUUAUUAACGCAUAAUCAGAUCUUGUUAAAAAAAUACUUGUUCCUUGACAAUUUGAAACAAACCUUACAAGUACUUCAAGGACUUAAAUACUCUUUAAUAGACGAAAAUAAAAGGAUUUCGAAUUUUGACAGUAACAUCAUGUUGGAGCCAUUCCAUUUGAAUUGGCACUUUCUCCAUCAUGACUCAUGGGAAGAGACAUUGGCAAUAAUUCACCUUGGACAAUUUAUUUGUGAAAAUUUAUGUCUAUUUAAAUUACACAUAAAAAAAUCUGGUCAAAUUUUCAUUGUUAAUAUGGACUCCUUUGUUCUAAGAGCAGCUAAGCCUUAUUUGGCCACUAUAGGAGCAACUGUUCAUGGUCAUUAUGGAAAAAUCCUUUACAAAGGAGAUAGGUUAGUUACGUUUAUAUAUGAAAAAUCGAGAUCCAGUGAUAUAACGCAAGGUCUUCCAAAAGUAGAACAAAUCUUCGAAGCGCGUUCAAUUGAUUCACUAUCGCCGAAUCUCGAAAGGAGAAUUGAGGAUUGGAAUGAACGUAUACCAAGAAUUCUUGGGGUUCCCUGGGGAUUCUUGAUUGGAGCUGAGCUAACCAUAGCCCAAAGUCGUAUCUCUUUGGUUAAUAAGAUCCAAAAGGUUUAUCGAUCCCAAGGGGUACAGAUCCAUAAUAGACAUAUAGAGAUUAUUAUACGCCAAGUAACAUCAAAAGUAAGGGUUUCCGAAGAUGGAAUGUCUAAUGUUUUUUUACCUGGGGAAUUAAUAGGACUAUUGCGAGCGGAACGAGCAGGGCGGGCUUUAGAUGAAUCGAUCUAUUAUCGGGCAAUCUUAUUGGGAAUAACAAGGGCUUCCCUGAAUACCCAAAGUUUCAUAUCUGAAGCAAGUUUUCAAGAAACUGCUCGAGUUUUAGCAAAAGCUGCCCUACGAGGUCGUAUUGAUUGGUUGAAAGGUCUGAAAGAAAACGUAGUUCUGGGGGGGAUUAUACCUGUUGGUACCGGAUUCCAAAAAUUUGUGCAUCGUUCCCCACAAGACAAGAACCUUUAUUUAGAAAUUCAAAAAAAAAAUCUAUUCGCGUCGGAAAUGAGAGAUAUUUUGUUUCUCCAUACAGAAUUAGUUUCUUCUGAUUCUGACGUAACAAACAAUUUCUAUGAAACAUCAGAGACCCCGUUUACCCCUAUUUAUACGAUUUAAGUAUACAUAAAGCAAUUUUUUUUACUUUAAUUUAAACUAUACUUUUGACCUUAGAAUGCUAACAGGUCUGAUUUUCGAUUUUGUACUUAAAUUUAAAUUGUAUUUUAAUAAGUAAAAGAAGUCAGUUAAUUCAUUAAGGCUAUGUUUAUACCGUGUAUCAAUGGUCAAGAAGGUUCCAUUGGAACAAUUAUUAUUUAUUUCAAGCUAUUUCGGCUCUUUCUUAAUCUUCAAAAAGAAAUGAAUUCCGUAAUGGUAACACGAAAAAA